AUGUCUCGGUACUUUCUGCUUCUCCUGGUUUUCAAUGUCAUAACUUUCGAGGUACACAGCCAAUACAUCGGUGGAGGAUGCGGAUGUGGAAUGGGUGGAUGUGGAUGUGGUCAACCAACAAUAAUUGUACAACAAUCACCUCCCCAAUACAUAGUUCCACCACCUCCCCUACAAUCACCUUCGGUUCAGCCAAUUCCACCUCCUCCGCCUCCUAUUUACGCUCCGCGUCCUCCGCACCCUCCACAACCCAUAUAUCAUCAAGCUCCACCUCCUCCUCCCAUGUAUUAUCAAGCGCCUUCCCUUUAUCAUCAAGCUCCGCCCCCUCCACCACCUCCGAUCCCUCCACCACCGAUGCAACCUUCACCUUACUACACGAUGUAUCCGACUGCCACCUUUAGUGGUGUUAUGUAUGGUUAG